CAGCGGAAACGGGUUUGCGUCUGGCAACGUCUCGGAUUAAGGUUCCGGAUGGGAAGGUUAUUUUUGCUGUGCGUUAUCGCGUAAAAACUUUCUUCGUAAGUUCGUUCAGGCCUUCGAAAGACAGAAAGGACCUCAUGUACGGCCGCUCUUAAAUAUUCAUAAACGUUGGAGUGAAACGUUAUCCUGGAUGUGGAUGCCAUCAAUGCGUUUGACUCGUGGAGUUUAUUACGUUGGGGGUGAGGGGGGCACGUCAGUAUUUGCUUAUUUGACCUAGUAAUAAGAAGACAGUUCAAGAGAAACAAACAAUGAGAGCUGCGCCGUUCGUGCUGACUUGAUAUUGAAACGUCGCUGUUCAAUCACCGGUACACGAUGCCUUUCAAGAAAAGUCGCAAACGUGGGAAAGUGCUUCCCGUCCGUGUGUCGACCAUGGACGCCGAGCUCGAGUUUGAUCUUGAUCACAAAGCCACAGGACAAGAACUCUUUGACUUAGUUUGUCGAACAAUUGGUCUGAGAGAAACCUGGUACUUUGGUUUACAAUACGUCGACUCAAAAGGGUUUGUGGCGUGGCUGAAGUUGGACAAGAAGGUCCAAGACCUCGAUGUGCCAAAGAGGACACCGUUGACUUUGCUCUUCCUAGCCAAAUUUUACCCCGAGGACGUGUCCGAAGAACUUAUACAGGAAAUCACGCAGCACUUGUUCUUCUUGCAAGUGAAGCAGGCAAUACUUAACAUGCACGUCUACUGCCCCCCCGAGGCCUCCGUUCUCCUUGCGUCGUAUGCCGUGCAGGCAAAGGUGUGCCACAUUCUGCCGUGUAGCAGCUGCAGGCGCUUUUGCCAUGAGACUGCCCUUCGCCCAUGUUCUUCUCCUGCCAUUUAUGGCGACUAUGAUGAAGCUACUUAUACCCCAGGGAUGCUCGCGAAUGAUGACCUCCUUCCGCAAAGGGUGAUUGAUCAGUAUCAGAUGACGUUGGAAAUGUGGGAAGAACGAAUCAAAAUUUGGUAUGCUGACCACAAAGGCAUGACGAGGGAUGAAGCCGAGAUGGAGUACCUGAAAAUAGCGCAAGACUUGGACAUGUACGGAGUCAACUACUUCCGUAUCAGUAAUAAAAAGGAUACAGAUCUGUGGAUGGGAGUCACAGCAUUAGGACUUAAUAUAUAUGAGAAGAACAAUAAGCUUUGCCCCAAGAUCACAUUUCCCUGGAGUGAAAUUAGGAAUAUUUCAUUUGAUGACAAGAAGUUCAACAUCAAACCUGUUGACAAGAAUGCUCCCAGUUUCCAAUUUUAUUCUAUCAAGAUAAGGAUGAACAAAUUAAUACUAGACUUAUGCAUCGGAAACCACGAUCUUUUCAUGAGACGCCGAAAGCCUGACUCCAUGGAGGUGCAGCAGAUGAAGGCUCAGGCCAAAGAAGAAAAGCUGCGAAGACAGAUGGAAAGGAACAAGCUCAGUCGUGAAAAGCAACUACGAGAGGAAGUGGAGAGGGAAAAGGCUGAGCUGGAGCAGCGGUUAUUACAGUACCAGGAGGAAGCUCGUACGGCUCAUGAAGCCCUGAGGCGAUCUGAAGAGACUGCCGAAUUACUGGCAGAGAAAUCACGGGUGGCUGAAGAGGAGGCUAUGCUAUUGACACAAAAGGCAGCAGAAGCAGAAGCUGAGAUCCAGCGAAUCAAAAUCAGUGCCAUAAAGACUGAGGAAGAGAAAAUUAUGAUGGAAAGGAAAGCCCGUGAAGCUGAACUACUGGCUGCACGGAUGAUUGAGGAGUCUGAGAGGAGAGCUCAAGAAGCGCACCAGUUAAAAGAUGAGCUGUUCAGGGCGCGUCUUGCAGAGAAGCAGGCGAAGGAUAAGCUUCUUGGCAUCUUCAAAAGCCCAUAUGAGCCUUACGAGAACAACCUAGCAGCGGCCCCAGAGAUUGCUGCACCAAGCGACGUACCGAGGAACAUUAGCAGUCUCCAGAUAGACGGUGGGAUGGGGUCCAUGACUGCGGUGAGUUGUGACCUCAUGACAGACGCAGACAUGGCGGAACUUGCGAUGGAAAUUGAAAAAGAUAGAGUUGAAUACUUGGAAAAGAGCAAGCACCUCCAGGAGCAUCUGCAGGAACUUAAAUCCGAAAUCGAGGUAUUAAAAGUGGAGAAUAAGCUCACCUCGAUGGAUCUUAUUUAUGAGGACAACGUACUUCGCGGGGAGAACAAGUACUCGACUUUGCGUAAAACCAAGUCUGGAUCAACCAAGGCAAGAGUGGCCUUUUUCGAAGAGUUAUGAUAACUAUGGUCAUCCUUUAUGUGUACCGCAUACAUACAAAGGAUGCUAUGAUGGAAAUGCUGUUGUUGGUUUGGAGCUUGCAUCUCAGUGUCCAGAGACAUUGUCUUGAAGGAGACCUGCUUUUGCCAUGAAAUUGUAUUUUUUUACUGUAAUAUUCUGCAGUUAGUAGAAAAGUAUUGAAGUCGUGUCACAUUAUAAAUUUUAUACUGCAUUAUGCAGCUGGCUGCCUUCGUACUGCCUGUUUUUAUGUGUGCUUUGUAAAUUAUGUAAAUAAAGUAGUAGGCAUCUGUA